AGUAAGGUGACAUGGGUGCUUCUCUUCACCAUCUCUGAGCAAUAAGCAGCUUGCUGCUGCAGCAUGGCAUUGAUAGGUGGGGGUACAUGGAUGCCAGGAGAGUGGUGUUGUUAGUUGCAUGCAAUUAAAAAACGCUCAUGCAUUAGUGCGCGGUUCUGCUGCCGCUGCUGCGGCUCCUCUCCUCCUGCCUGCCCGCCCGCCUGCAGCCAGUGUCGGGUCGCCGGCAGCUCGGCUCCGCUCCUCUCCCGCUCCCCUCUGCAGGGCUGCAGGGCUGCGCAGCUCCUGACUGACAGAGAGAUGAGGGGUGGGGACGCAGGGUGGGGUCACAAGCAAGGGAGAGGCGGAGGAGGAAAAGGCAGAGAGAGAGAGCCCAGCCCUUGAAUACACGGCAACAACACGCCGACAGAGAGAGAGGGAGAGACACAGAGAGACUGGCUGUUUUUUGGGGGGGGAGGAAAAAGGAGCUUUCGACGCUGCGGAUAUGAACUGAAAAGAAACACUGGAAGAGGCAGGGAUCGUGUUCCUAUAUCCCGACAAUUUACUGUAAAGGUGGAAAACUAGUCCCCCCUAAACCCUCCUCUCUCCCUAACAGUUCUUAUUCAGAUAGAGCUACACCCAAAGCCCCGACCGACCCCCCUCCUGCUCCUGCUGCUCCACCCCUCCGCCGCUGCACCGCUCCGGCAACCGAGAUGCACACGGAGACCCGUAACAAGAAAUGCCAGUCGACUCCUAAGCAGAAGAAGAAUGCUGUCGGCGCCCAGAAGAAGCAGAGGAGCCCGGCCAAGCAGAGCGCCCUGACCCGAAAACAACAACAACAACAACAACAGCAGCAGCAACAACAACAACCGCCGCCAUCUUCAUCACCUCUGCCACCUGCAGUCCAGGAAGAGGAGGAGGGGAAGGAGGAGGAGCCGGUGACCAGGCCUAGGCCGCCGCAGCAGGAGGAGGAGGAAUCGGCCGAGGAGGAGCAAGAGGAAGUGGCGGCGAAGUCUGUGAAGAAGAAGGAGAAAGAGGAAGGAAAGAAGGAGGAGAAGGAGGGCGAGACAGACAUGCCCUCUGUACAGAUCAAACCAGAGCCCGAGGAGAUGGAGUGCACGCAGGGAGAUGUAGGUGUCAACGGCCCACAGCCAACAGACCUGAAGGUGAAGACUGAGUCUCCAGUUUGCAAGACAGAGCCCUCAUCGCCCCCGCCGUGCCCCGCCGAGGACCAGACCGAACCCGUCGACCUGUCCCUCAACAAACCCCGCUCCUCUUCGCUCCCCGCCUCUACAACAAGCACCACGGUCAACCCUGCGCCCAGCAGCGCCGUGACCCAACCCAGCCUGUCGGCCACACCGGUCCCCUCUGCGGUGCAAUCGAUAGGCUCCAUGGUCCUCUCUCCGGGCUCCAUCCUGGCCACGCAGGGCGCCGGGGGACAGCAGAUCCUGCACGUCAUUCACACCAUCCCCUCGGUCAGCAUGCCCAGCAAGGUGGGCCAGCUGCAGACCAUCCCUGUGGUGGUGCAGUCGCUGCCUGUUGUCUACACCACCAUGCCUACAGAUGGCGUCGCCACGGCGGCCAUCACAGUGCCGCUCAUAGGCAGCGACGGGCGCUCAGAAGGAUCUGUUCGUAUUAAGCCAGGUUCAACGUCUCCGGUGGAGUAUCAGAGUGACAGCGAUGCAGAGAGCGGUACAGAGUCUGGAUCGGCCUCCCUCAGCGCCCAGAGCCUUGAUGCAGGGUCGGUUAUGGACUUAGAGCCCGUCGAUCCAGAUUCACCAGACAUCAAGAGGAGACGAAUCCACAUGUGUGACUAUGAAGGCUGUAAAAAAGUUUACACCAAGAGUUCCCACCUCAAAGCCCACAGGAGGAUACACACAGGAGAGAAGCCCUACCACUGUACCUGGGAGGGCUGCACCUGGCGCUUCGCCCGCUCUGACGAGCUGACCCGGCACUUCCGCAAGCACACGGGAAUCAAACCUUUCCGCUGCACCGAGUGUGACCGCUCCUUCUCCCGGUCCGACCACCUCUCCCUGCACCGCCGCCGCCAUGUUAUGAUGUGAACUCUGACCUCCCCAACACCCACAACUCCCCGUCAACCUCUUAACCCCCCAGAAAGUCCCUCACAGCACAUCUUGUACCAGAGCCCCCCCCAAUUAACCUCUGCUACUUCCUGUUUCCCCCCUCACCUCUGCUGACCCCCAUCUGUUAGGAUUUUAUGCCCCAUCACCUCCUUCGUCCUCCUCCUCUUCAUCUUGAAAUCGCAGGAACAUCAGGAAUGUGUAUGUUUCUGUGUGUGCUCAGUGGAGGUCACAGGAUUUUUUUUUUUUGACUGUGUGUCAUCAUCAUCAUCAUCAUCAUCAUCAAUACCACCGUCCACCCAGUGUCCCUCCUCCCUCCAAAACAACCCCCUCCCUACCACCACCUGUCACAUCAUACAUCUCCUCAUCAGAGAGAGAAGGAUGGACUGAAGGACAUCCAGCAGCAGGGACGUUCAUCCAUCCAUCCAUGCAUCCGCCACAUGCAUCCAUCCAUCCAUCCAAAGGAGAGGAGGAAGAGGAGAGGACAAGAGGAGGAAUGACAUGUGUAUUGUUUUUUUAAACUUAAAGGACAAGGGGAAUGUUAACACUGAUGUCUCUUCAGCUGCUCUUUGUUUUUUAAACAACAGAGUUCUGUACAUAUCCAGAGUUGGGAAGUUAUGUGAAGCUCAAACUUCAUAUUUUAUGGAUUCAAGUUGAAUCCCUAGAUUGACCCACACCUUUUCCACCACAAGUACACUGGGAAAUUGUUAGGAACGUAAGAAAAAAACAGAUGUUGAACUCCCUCCCCAGUCCCUCUCUGAGCCAUAGUUCCUGUCCCCAGAAAGCUCUGCUUUUCUGGGGGAAGUGAUCUAUAAAGUCAUCUCUUUAUGUGCAAAUAUUGUACCUGAAACACAUCUAUAUUGUUUUGAGAAACUGUGCAACCAGGACUUUUAGUUCCCAGGGUUCCUGAGUCACUGGUCCUGAGGGGCUAAAACGACCAGAACUCUGUUGGAUGAUAUAAUUUUUUUAAAUAACAGUUUAUGGAUCAAGUAUCGACUAAACUGCAGUGGAUUUUCAAAGUAAAAGCUUCCCAACUCUGUGCAUAUCAGUGUAUGACUCUGUUGUGUGUGUAUGUGUAAGUAGUGAGCUUUUUCACAGCAGCUGAAGUCACAUCAAAUACACAUUUCCUCUGAGGCAAACAUAUCUGAGGUGUCUGAGGCUAAGAUCUAAAAACUAGUUUAUUUAGUCCAGACUCCCCCCAGUCACUCUGCACCCCCUUCAAUUCAACUCCGCACCCCCUGACCCCCCUGGUACAGGGAGCUACAAGACUGUGAACUUUAUAUAAAGAUUCAUUUGUUUUCAUUGUAUCAAUCAAAUUAUUGUCGUUGCGUGUUCUCCCCCCGCACACACCUUUCUGAUUCUUCUUCGAUCGAACAGUAUUUUGCUUUUUAUGCGUCGUUGUUGCUGUUGUUGUUGUGUUUUUUAACUAAGGCCUUCAGUUCUGUCUUUUUCUUUUCUUCUGUGCCAGGUUUGGCACUCUUAACAGAAUGGCACCCUUUUUUUUUUUUUUUUUUUAAAAAAAAAGAAUAAUUUCAGAUUUCUUUUGUUGUGUUCUGAGGCUGUGAAAAAGACAGGAGACACAAAUAGUUUGAGAUUACAAGUAAAACUCUCACGCAGGGAUUAGGGGAGCUUUUCUGAGUGUGUGUUUUUUGCGUGUGUUGUUUGAGUGUGUGUGUGUGUGUGUGUGUGUGUUUCUUUGGGUGAGUGUGCAUGUUUUGAGACAAACACAUAAUCAGAAUUUAAGAUUUUUACGAGUGUGUGUUCCGGGCACUUGUUGUUUCUUUACCUCUUGCCCGUUGAGCCUUAAUAACCGAAGUCAAUCUGUAAGGGCGAAACCAGAACCUCUGACAGAUGUUUGGCCAAAGAUCGACUGUGAGUCUCUGCUGACUGAGACGUAAUGCUGUUUGUCCAUGAGAAUCUGAUCUUUGCAGUGUCGGCUUGUUGUUUCCUUCUUGUUUUUUCUGUGGAAAGGAUGUUUCCUCACAGUGCUUGGCAUGCUUUUUAGUGUUUGGAACAGUGUAGCAGGUAGAGCAGAUUUAUAAAUUCAUGUUUUAAUUUGGAGACAAAUUGCCUGAUAACAGGUGGGACCGUUGCUGGAUAGCAUAUUUAGUCUUUGCAGGCUUCUUCGCAGUAUUUUACAUUUCGACCUAUUUGCAUGGAUAUGGCAGAAAAUCAGCACAAAUCAGGAAGGGGGCGCUGUUUGCUUCUGUAAAGGAUCAGUUUAGUCUCAGUUUGGAGAAAUUCUAGCAUUUGUCUCCUUAGAAAUGCUACCUGACCUGAAACAUCCAAUAAUGUUUUAAAAAAAAAGCCAUUUGCACUGUUUUUUAUGACCUUACAAAAUCCAUGGAGCAGCAGAACUGCAGAGCCAACAUGGCUGCCACUGGAAGUCACAGUGGCCAGGCCGUCUGUCAGUGGUUCUGGAGAAACCUGGCACUGUGUCGGGCUGUCAGGGUCCGUAGUGCCUGGGGUUUAAACCACGGGGAAACUAAGCGCUCUCCUCACUAGCAUUUUUACCAGGGAUGAGGGGGAGGUCAGUUCUCUUUCAGCUGAGUUUAUUUCCAUUGUGACAGAACUUAAUUUAACACCUCAAAGGUUUGAUGUCUAAAACCUGAUGUAACACCCCUGAUAUCUAACCUAUGCUCAACUCCAAAUCUAAAAACAGCACAUUUUUCAGGCUAAACUUUUUGAACACAGUUGGAACACAGCUGACCCCCCCUCACCCUGCUGUAACCCAUGGUGUCCAUGUCUUAAGGGGGCUGUUUUUCAGCUCCUGAUCUGGGCUGAACUUGAUUAUGCAACAUAACGCAGACCUCGCUCCAAGCGCUGUUCUGAACUCAGUAGUAGAGCACUAGCUGGUAGUUGCACUGCUGAUACGCAGCUCACCUAGGUUGUAACUAGAACCUUGAAAAGGGAGGUCAGGAUGUUGAUGACUGUAACACAGUUUUUAUAAUCCUGACGUUUCCCUUUACAAACAAAAACAGGCAAAACUCUGUGGCUUUGGCAGCGCUGUGCUCCUCAGCCAUUCAGAGUCAUUGUCAACAUUUCAAAAGCUAGUAAGUGAGAGCAAAAUGUUAUACAUCUGACUUUUCAUAGUAUGAUAACUGAGAUGGAUGUGCAGGCUUCCUGUGAGCUGAGUGCAUGCCAUGAACAGGGCAGAUUGUUAUUUGGUCUGUACACUGCAAAAAAUAUCCCUCUUAGCAAGUCACUGAACCUGGUUUGGCAUUUUGAAAUUGUAUUUAAAAAAAAGAAAAAAAGAUUAGCCUUGUUGAAGGAUAUCAGCUCUUAUCAAGUAAAGUGUGGUUUGUUUAACCAAGUGUAAAAUAAGGAAAAUCUUAAUUCAGUCACUCAUUUGGAGGGAUGUGGUUUGUUUUUUUGCAGUGCAGAGCAAUGCAAUGUUCCCAUUUCUCUUAACAUCCCCCUCUGCUUCAACUUAAAGAAAAAAAAACAAAAAACAUAGUUACUAAGCACAUCUUUCUAGAAGAGUAUAUGCAUUUGAUUGCAAUUUUCUUUCUUUUGUAAACUGUUGAUAAAGACAUUAAGGACAAAUAAUUAAGAGAAAUCCAUGUACAUAAAUGUAUAUAAUCAAAAAGUGCAGAGUAAAUGUAACGGGUGAAUUUCUAUUUUUAACACUGACUAGAUAAUGUGAAAAAAAUCUUUUUUUUCUUCUUCUUCCUCUGUUGGUUUGAUGAAGUGUGUUUCAUCAUGUGUUCAUUUUUUCAAAUCUAAUAAUACAUUUGUUUCGUAGUUUCUUAAAAAAAAAUGGUCCCACUUGUGUUGUGCACACUUGUGUUGCAUGGAGAGUAGCCUUCUUGUUUUAUAGUGACGUUGGUGAGCAUGUCCGUGUGUGAGGAGGGAAAAAAAAAUCCACUGAGAAAUCACUUUGAAAAUGAUUAAUUAGGCAUCAAUUCAUUACAAAAGGAGCUCGACCUUUCUGCACUGGACCUGAUUUUAAAUAUCACAACAAUGAAAGAGUCCAGUCAAAUGUGAGAUUUAAUUGGUUUGGGUCAGAAAACAUAUUUUCAGACAGAGAUUUUCAGCUCAGAUGGGGCUAUUUUUCUUCCAUUGUCAGUUCUACAUUCUCCAGACUCAUUGCAGGUCAGUUUUGUUGAAAAGUUACAAAAGUAGAAGGAAAGUUAUCCACACUUUGUUCUAUUACAAGAAGCAGGAAACAGCCUAUAGUUGCCCUCCAGAAAUCCAGCGUACUGAUAUUCUAUCUCAGCUAAGUUUGACAAGUUCCCAAAUAAUACAUAGAUGAUCAAUAUACCAAUGUAUUUCCUCCCAUUUGAAAUUCUGAUAAUGAAGUGCAGUACUUCAUAAAACAACAGGGUGCUUGAGCACCUGUAGGAAAAACCAUUUUGUCACCUGUAAUGGUGUCUAGUCAUGCAGAUAGUUAAUUUCUGCCUCUGCCACAGUGGAGAUGAAAGAAUCCACUCCACUGCACUGAGCAGUUUCCAGAUGUUAAAGUAGCAUCCCCAGUGGAUGGAGUUUAGUCGGCUGUUGUGGAGAUGGGUUAACUUUGGUCAUGUGACAACAUGCAGGAAGGAGGGGUCGUGACCUUCUCUACUGUGUCUUUGUCAUGUGAAUGGCCUCCUUUCUCCAGGCUGAUGCUGUGACCAGUUUUGAUUCACUGUAUCGUCUGAACACAAAACACCUCCACUACACUGAGACAGAGGCAGAUCCAUCUAAAACCCUGCAUGGAGAGAUAGUGACAUGUGUUAUGUAUUUGAAACAACCCCUCAAAAUAUUUGCCUUUAUAUUAAUAUCUGUUAUUUAUUUAACAACUCUGAACUACCCCCCCCCCCCCUCCUUUAUUUCUAGGAUCAUUUACUCCACAGAUCACAUGUCAUUAUGAAACUGAAAAUGCAGCUCAAUUGGAGUUUUACAAACACACACACAAAAACCUCCAGUGCCACACGAAGGAUGGGCAGUUAUAACGCCUCAGAGCCUGUUGACAAUGACCCAGACAAAGUCUUUUUCGCUGGUGUUGGAGGAGUUGUUGCCAGGAGACUGAUGCAUGUGUUCAUGUUUUUCCUGCUUCCUGUUUUUUCGUUUGUUUUUUUCCAGUUUGUGCGAGCUUGUUUUUUCCCCUCUGUAUUCUUCUAAAUUUUCUGUUUGUGUACAAAGCAGGAAUGUUCAUCUGAAAAACAGCGACAUUUACAAAGAAAGAGUUUUGUCCCUGCUGAGACCUUAAUGGGAUAGAGUUCAUGUCUGAGGGUGACGUCACUGACUUGUGUCCGUCUGUGUGCGAGUGCCUCAACUCACCACCAAUCACUUCCUCUGCAAAUCAGAAAUUUUAGGUAUUUUCUAUUGAAUGCAGUAACUUAUGGGCCAGUACUAUAUUUACUCAGUGCAAUGCAGUUAUCAUUAUAAUAAUACAAUUAUUAAUAAUAUUUUUUCUUUUUUUGUAUUUGUACAGAACAAAUGUGUAAAGAUCAGUGAGGAAAACGUGAGCUUUUUGAUACUGUGACUCAUGGUGUUUAAAAGUCAGUUUCUCCCUGUACAGUUGUGAUUAUUUUCCCCCUCCCCUCCUUCUUCUUUUAUAGAAUAAAAAAUGUUUUUGGUGCAAUUUAA